AUGCUUCUUCGACGUGGUGUUUGGAUGAGCUUGCGAAGAUUGUUGUGCAUGACUGUGUCUGGACUAACAGUUUUGCCUGUGUUCUAUGACGUGGAACCAACCCAUGUAAGAAAGCAGAGUGGAGAUUUUGAGAAGGCUUUUGCUAAACAUGAACAAGUUCUCAAAGACGGAGGAGAAAGGAUAAAAAAGUGGAGGGAGGCUUUUGCUCAAGUAGGCAGCAUCUCCGGAUGGGAUAUAAAGACAGAGGCAAAAGUUAUUGAUGAAAUAGUCGAAAAUAUCUCAAGAAAAUUGAAUCACACACUCUCAACUAGUGAUUUCAAGGACUUUGUUGGAAUGGAUCGUGUAAACAAAAUUGAAUUGGACAUGAGUAGAGGGUUGGAUGAACAUGAAGCUACUGUGAUUGGGAUUUGUGGGAUGUCGGGGAUAGGCAGCAGAAUCAUUGUAACCACAAAAGAUAAAAGACUGAUAAAAGCAUAUGAGCCAAAAAUACACAGGGUUGGAAAACUUAACUUUGAUGAAGCUCUCAUACUUUUUUCUCGAAGAGCCCUUGGCAGAGACCGUCCUCUUGAUGAGUAUGUUGAUUUGUCCUACCAGUUUGUAGAUUACGCUGGUGGUCUUCCUUUUGCUCUUACAGUUUUCAGCUCCUUUCUAUUCAGGAGAAGUUUAACUGAGUGGUGUAGUGAACUGGACAGAUUAAAAAAGAAUCCUGGUGAACAAUUUCUUCAUACGUUGAGAGUAGGAUUUGAUGGAUUAGCAUCUCCGGACAAGAAGGAUAUAUUUCUGGACAUUGCAUGCUUCUUUAAAGGAGAGAGUGUAAAGCGUGUGAAAAGGAUAUUUGAAAGCUGUGAUUACUAUCCGGAUAUAAGUAUAAGAAUCCUCCUUGAGAAAUCUUUACUUACGAUUUUUGGAGGAAAGUUGUGGAUGCAUCAUUUACUACAAGAAAUGGGCAAGGAUAUUGUCCGCAAACAAUCUCAGCAAGAGCUAAGAAAACGCAGCCGGUUGUGGCUUCAUGAAGAUGCCAUUGAAAUACUUAGCAAGAACGAGAAUAUUAACAUCAGGAUGCAAAAAUUUUUGGAGGUCUACCACAUAAUCCUUGGGGUUGGCUCUUUAGUUGUUGCUUGUUGCCAUCAGAAGUCCAUCAGUUUGCAGCUUCCUGCUUCAUUCUCAGGCUUAUGCUAUUUGAGGAAACUAGAUCUGAGCUAUUGCAAUCUUUCUGAAGGAGCACUACCUGAUGACAUUGGCUGCUUAUCCUCACUUAAGAGUUUAAACUUGAGUGGAAAUAAUUUUAUGAGGAUUCCAGAAAGCAUCUGUCAACUUACUGAGCUUAAAGAACUUAAAUUGGAUAAUUGUAGCAAGCUCCUAUCAUUGCCAAAACUUCCAUUAAGUUUACCAGAAGUAUCAGUUCUUGACUGCCCUCUCCUGAGAAGAUUUUUCCCAAAUGAUGAGUCAACAGUGUGGAUUCACCAUCUACAGGAUUUACUAUCAUAG